GUUCAGAUGAGCCAAUCACGAUAAGGGUCUGACGAGUCGCUUCGCUCAGUCUCCGCUAACUAAAACAUGGUGGCUCAUACGGAAUUACCUGCCCAGCUUCCACAUGAGAAAAUAGUGAGCAGUGGUAAAGAUCUAGAAUGUAGAAACAGUGACUCAGGCAGCGGCGUGACGGAGAGACAGGAGCUGCAGGUAAGGCAGGCGUGGCUGUUGCCUCUGCGUCCCGUGACUUAUGGCAGGAGAAGGCUAGGCACCACCACCUCAUUACACAACAUAUGCCAAACAGUGAUCACUUAAGUGGUUAUGUGUCGGUGCUUUCAAGUAUAUUACAUGUAGCCAUGAGAGGAGCCUGUGACAAUUCAUAGGUGUAAUUUCGUAUCCGCGGCGAGGGCAGGUUUCGAACAUUCCUGAAGUGGCAAACACGGGAGCAGCAGACGUCACGAUAGCAGUAGCACCACACUGCCUGUCAUUACUGGGGCUUAUUUCAUUCCCCUUCAGGAUGGAUAAUUCUGUGCAAAAGAACCAUACAAGUCAACCAAAUGGAAGUUCAGCUUGUAAGAAAUCAUACCAUAAGGAAGAAGAAUGCUCGCUGUUUGUGGCCUUCUUCACUUUCCUUUCCUAUGGAGUACUCCUGAUGCUUGGCUAUGUGAGGGAAUUCUUCAUGCCUAUCACCACUAAGGAGAAGAACAGAGAGCAUAAGAAAAAGAAUGCAUUUGUCACAUCACAAAUAAGGGAUAUCGAGGAGUGUCCAUCGUUCACCAACUUCACCAUCUAUCUGUCCUAUGGGGUCCUCUUCCUCGUUGGAUACGUCAAAGAGUUCUUCUACCCACCAUCAACGAAAGAGACAAAUAGAGAGGGAUAUGUGCCUCUUUACAUUGGAUUUGAGAGCUUCUAUACACGCAAUGUUUAUCGCCGUAUUCAAGACUGCUGGAACAGAGCCAUUUCCAGCGUGCCUGGGGCUGAGAUUGACCUUCUGGAGCGGUACACUCCUGACUAUGGCUGGACUAUGAAAUUGACGGGGAAGGUAUUGAAGUGUAUAAAUGCCGGCUCAUACAAUUAUCUUGGGUUUGCGGAGAACCAUGGUCCGUGUCACGAUGCCGCUGAGCUCACCACCAAGGAAGUCGGCAUCACCACUAGCAGCUCACGGCUUGAGCUUGGAACUCUUGAAAUCCAUAAGAAGUUGGAAGCCUUGGUGUCAGAAUUUCUGGGUGUGGAGGAUGCUAUCACUUUUGGCAUGGGGUUUGCCACCAAUGUGCUCAACUUGCCAUCCAUUCUUGGUCCUGGCUGCUUGGUGCUUUCAGAUGAAUUCAACCAUGCCUCUCUCAUCUUAGGCCUGAGACUGUCUGGAGCCACUGUGAAGGUUUUCCAGCAUAACAAUGCAGCUGACCUUGAAAAGAAACUGCGAGAAGCUCUCAUCCAUGGCCACCCAAGAACACGUCGCCCCUGGAAGAAGGCCAUGAUUGUAGUGGAAGGAAUCUACUCCAUGGAAGGAAGUAUUUGUGACCUACCCAAUUUCAUCAGGAUCAAGAAAAAGUACAAGACUUACCUGUAUGUUGAUGAGGCCCAUAGCAUAGGUGCCCUAGGCCCGAGGGGUGGAGGUGUAGUGGACUACUAUGGUGCUGACCCAAAGGAUGUGGACAUCCACAUGGGAACCUUCACUAAGAGUUUUGGUGCUGCUGGUGGAUACAUUGCUGGAUCUAAGGAGCUGGUCAACCACCUGAGAGUGAACAGUCAUGCUCAGUCCUAUGCUGUCUCCAUGUCUCCUCCAGUAGCCCAGCAGAUCAUCACCUCCAUGUCCAUCAUUAUGGGCAAGGACGGUUCUAAUGAAGGUCGCAGGCGCAUUCAACAGCUGGCCAGGAAUGUGAAGUAUUUCCGACAACGCCUCAGACAGAUGGGAUUCAUUGUUUAUGGCCACGAUGAUUCACCUGUCGUGCCCUUGCUCUUGUACCUGAUUCCUAAGAUUACAAUGUUUGUGCGGGAGCUGACCAAGCGAGGUGUUGCUGGAGUUGGCGUGGGCUUCCCAGCUACAAAAAUCACGGGUGGACGAAUGAGGUUCUGUUUGUCUGCUGCCCACACCAAGGAGAUGCUUGACAAGAUCCUGAAAGAGGUGGAUGUGGUCGGUGACAUGUGUUCCUGCAAGUACUCUAAAAUCCCAAAGAGUGCCAAGCCUAUCGAGUGGUAGAAGAGCUGUGAGGUGUGCCUGUAGGGCGCUCCAGGGACUACACAAACACACACACACACACACACACACACACACACACACACACACACACACACACACACACACACACACACACACACACACACACACACCUAACUAGGUAAAUACACACUUGGAGCACACAGUAACCACUUCUGUACUGCAGAUUCUCUCCUCUACACAAAUAAUAUUUUAGUUAAUUUUUUUUAUUAUAUAGAUUUUAUAUACAACAUUUUAGUGGCAUUCAGCAAUAAGAGUAUGUCUGCAAUUCUUUAGUGUCUCAGAUUUUGCCAAGAGGAAGUUUAGCACCUCCCUAGAUUACAUUAUUCUGUAUGGUGGAGAUGUUCUGAACAGUUAAGUGAUUUAUGUUGACAUCCAGACAACAUUGUAGGAAAAAUCAAGCAGCACCAGACUGCAUGCAUUGUCAUGGUUCAUCUAUUGGUUGAGCUCCACACAGCCAGCAUUAUUACCUGUGUACAUUAUUUGAAGGAGUGGUGAUUUAGUAUACUAGUGUCUAUACAUGUGGUAAAAGUGCUUGUAGUAAAUGCCAUUUCCAUGAAAUAAAUCAGGGCAAGACAAAAAAUUGGUGUUGAAAAUAGGCUCUCAAGACUAUCACUAGAAUACAUUAUUUUGUGCAUCAUAGUGUAGCAGCAUUUUGCCUGUGGAAACUGCUGUCAUUUCAAGAAAUAUAAAAAGAUGCAGUGAGAUUGUUAGUACCACUUGUUGGAUGAAGUAUUGAUAUCUAGUCAGGAGGUUGCACUAGCAGUGGAAACUAUUAUUUGAUUGUGCUUUCAGAAUGUGUUUGCAUUUUGAAACUUGCAUGCCUGGUGGUGCCUCCAUCAUCAUCACUGCUUACUGUUAGCAUGAAUAUUUACAAAUGGUUAUUUUAAUACUGAAAGUAUACUAGAUUGAGUUUUCAGCAUAUAGUUAGUGCCUUGUUGGGAUAGGUAAAAAAUUCUGAGGAUGCAGAAUUAUUGAACUUGUAAGACAAAGACGGUAUAAAGAAAUAUUCAUUUUUCUGAUGUGAAAUAAUUGUUGUAGCUAUUUGUGAUGCAAUAAUGAAUAAAAUAAAAAAAAGAUGGAAACUAAUAUGAAUCAAUAUUUGUAGUUAUCAGUACAGCUAUAUUUUAGAAAGCAUUAAAAAACUUACUGUAAUCAAUAUUUUAUUACAAAACUAGAAGAAAAUUGAUAUAUUUCAAGGUCACAGUGGUAGUAAAAAGACAGAUUUACAAUAAAAGGAGAAAGUAGUAGUGAACUAGUAAGUGAGGUGUCAUGUAUCAGGAAUCACAGGUUAGGUAGGUUUGAGCAACAGACGCUUAGUUUUUUCAAGUUGUUAUGGGUCGUUACCCAGCAUGUGCCUUCUUCAACACUGAAGCUGAAUGAUGCCUGUGUUAGACCACUCUACUGUCACUGCCUGCUUGUAGAGUAUUCAGCACACAAGCCAAAGAAAAAGUUGAUGAGUUAUUGUAUGUGUUCAUUCAGUUCAGCAAAGCUUGGCUCUGAUGACUUCACAGUGAUAUGUAUUCCACUCUGGUGUUCCAAGUGCUUCUUUGUUGGUCAUCCUUUUUUUUUAUCAUGCUUUCCUCCACAAGUACUGAACAAUGUACGUAUGUUUGCAUAGUACGUAAGUGACUUAAGUGUUUAAGGUUCAUAAAAUGUAUAAGAUUUGUUGACAGAGAAAUAGUUCUAUCUCAUGAAUUCUUAUGUAUGAGACCAAUGUUCUUGUCUCCUCUGUGCAAUUGGAGAUGUAUAUUGUUGAAGCAUUCAUAGAUAAUUAAUGUAGCAUUGUCUUCAUGUUAUGAUUCUUGUUAUAUCUGUCACUCUGAGGGUAAACAAUGAUGAUUCUCUAAUUAGUAUGUUAUAUUGACAUGCGAUUCCUAACUUUUCAUGAUCGAUAUUUUUACUCAUAUAUUAUAUGCUGCAAGAAAAUUCCAAUUUAAUAAAAUUUCACAAUAAUUUUGCCAGGUCAGUAUUGGUAUGUACCUUGUCACACUAAAGUGCCAUCUCAACUUCCUAAUUGGCUGAAGUGAAACAAGGUUGUUUCUCAGUGUGAUGCCUUUCUUGGCCAUGUUGCUGUGUAAAGUGAAAUGUGUGUGUUUAAGUUACUAUUCUGAUUCUCUAUGCAUAUAUAUAUAUAUAUAUAUAUAUAUAUAUAUAUAUAUAUAUAUAUAUAUAUAUAUAUAUAUAUAUAUAUAUAUAUAUAUUAUAUAUAUAUGGGGUAAGUUUAUUUACUGCCAUUCAUUGUAUUAAUAGGUUUUAGAUAUUGCAUCUGUGUUAUUUUCUUGUUUUCUGUAUUGAAUUUGAAUUAUAGGAAUUAUUCCAUUAAUGAAACUUAUGACAUGAUUGAUUUUCACUCGGAUAUGAAUCGUGGUGAACCAGCGGGCCUUCCAUAAAUGGUAAUGAUAAUAGAUUGAUAUAAAACUGAAACCAUUGUCACCAUUAUUCAUAAGUCCCAAAUCUCUGCAUCAUUCUAAGAUUCAAGUUUUAGUCUGGUUUGGGAAUGUUGCAUUAGUGUCAGAGCACUUAUGUAUAAUUACUCUUCCAUCUGUAUUGUACCUUGAUCACCUCCACAUCCUGUAGCAAGAGGGACAAACCUGGAUCUUGUUACAGUCCUGAUCUUGCAAGCUAUAGGUAUAAUCUUCACUGUAUCAUUUUAGAAGAUCCAGGGAAACCAUUGGAGUUUUGGUAAAUACUUAUGUUUCUGAUAGCAAAAUCAUAAUAUUCAUAUUAGUCUUAUUAUACCUGUUGUUUGAGUGCUUAAGACUUUUGAUUUGUGUUCCUAUUUUGUUAAUAGGGAUAUAGAGAUUUUUAAUUUUGUACUUCGGCUUAUAUCCUGCUUCACCUUUUAAUAUCUUAAUUUUUCCAUGGAUUCAAAGUUUUGUCAAUCACAAUCUUCUUACCUUCAAGUUUCAGAGUUAUCAAUAUAUUUAUUAUGAAGCUCAAAUUACUUAGUGAGUGCUUUAUCAAGAGUUCAUAGUUCUUACAUCUGUGAAAAUAUUUUUUUUACUCAUUGUUGCUGUGAAAAUAAUUAUUGCACAUCACUAUGUCUGAUGCACAAGUUUGCUUCUACAUAUCCUAUUGCCUGUCAGCAUGCCAUGUCUCUGCCACUAGAGAAUCCUAGUGUGGCCUGUCCAAUCUAGUAUAGGGUAGUGAAUUUGUCUGGAGACUGCAAGUCAAAAGAAGCAUAACUUCUCAAGUGAUGAACUUGAGAUAUCUUGUAUUGUGAUGUUACUGAUGCUAGAAAACAAACAUGGUUCCAAAGCCAGAGUUUGCACCUAUGACAUUUUUAUCCCAGCUGUGUACACUUUUGGGAAUUAUCUGGCAUUGCUCCAGGCAUGGCACACUUGACAGUUCUGUUGGGGACUGAGGAUGACACUGCUCCAGGCAGUUCCACUAUAUUACUGGCCUUUGUUUUAAUUCUUUCUUUUUUUUUUUAUACGUUUUUUUUUUUUUUUUUUUCAUUUCUCUUGAUAGUAUUGAAAACAUUGGACAUUUUAAUCUUGAGGCGCUAGCUAGAAGUAGUAUAUACAAGUAGGUUGCCUGUUAACCUGUCAAGAGUUGUGUGGUCCAGUGUGAAGAGUAUUAAUAUUUUCCCACCUGUUUUGUGCCAUCAAGAAGGCAGAUCAUGAAGUUCCUUGAUCUUUUGACAUCAGUCUUCUUUUCUGACAAAAAAUUUACUUUUUGACAUUUAGUCCUGUUUUUUUCAUCUUUAUUAUACUUUUUAUUCAAUUUUCAUUUCAUUCUCUUUGUGAUGUGAUCUUGUUUUGAUUACUAAGCAAUGUGAAAGUAGUGAGAUUUUCUGAUAGUACUGGUAUUUCAAUGCAGUGUCAUCUAAAACCUUUUCCUUGAGUGCACAGCAUCCAGCUAUCACCUGUCUUUUGUUUGUUACAAGUUUUAUUUUGUGUUUGUGAAUGCUGCAUAUCAUUAAAUUUGAGUUCUGAUCUGAAGUUCAGCCUGAUGGCCAAAGAUUUAAACGUCAUCUUUUGUAUUGUUUAUAUUUCUCAUUUGCUUGUAAUUGGAGUUGAAAUUGCAUUCUGUAUAAUACAAAAUCUAGAGUUUUG